AUUUCUUGUCAUGUACAUGUUAUAUAUCCAAAUGAGGAGAAAGUAAAACAAAGAAGGAUGUCUCGGUUUGAUGUGGAGAAGUUCGACCCUGCUCCGGAUCCCGAUCUUAUCUGCUGUAUCUGUCAGUGUGUGUUGGAUUCCCCUAUGGAGAGUCCAUGCAGACAUGUUUUCUGCAAGAUCUGUAUUGAAACAUGGCUAACGAACCAUCACAACUGUCCAACCUGUCGUCGCAGUCUGAGAACUCGGCGACUCAAGCCAGUCCUACCGCUUGUACAAAACAUGAUCAAUCGCCUUCAAAUGUCUUGUGAUUUCAGCACAAAUGGUUGCAAGGAAAUUCUAAUUCUGGAACAAUAUGAUAGCCAUUUGAAAGUUUGUGACUAUGAGAAGUUAAAAUGCCGUUUCUCGAAGUGUGGCAUUGAACUCCUUCGGAAAGAUUUAAGUGAACAUGAAGAAGAUUUGUGUGAAUUUCGAGAAAAGCGAUGUAUUAAACAGUGUGGUUUAAUGAUACCAAUUUCUGUCUACGAAACACAUGACUGCUUUGUAGAGCUCCAGAAAUUUGCAACUGAAAGUACAGCACUUGUCGACACUUUGAAAAAGAGUGUCAAAGAAUUGACAGAAUUAACAAAGACCAUGAAGAAAAAUUUGGAAGAUUUGUCCCGAGAACUACAGGGACGAAGAAAUCGCUCUCCUCUUUCCUCACCGUCCUAUUCGCCAUCAUACUCAUUCACCAGUAGUGGAGAUGAAUCAGAUCUGUCCAACUUCAUACUGGAUGACUACAGCAAUGAUAGGUUUGGUGAUGAUCACAAUAAUGAUCGCCAUAUUCCAGAGAUCACCACAGCCUUGCAGAUGUACAUGGACCGAACCCAAGACCAGCGAACUGUGAGAUGGCGCAGCAGAAACCCCAGUAGAAAUGUGCAGGUCAUUGACCUGGUUCAGCCUGCCAAUAUUAACACAACAGAACAAGCCAUUAAUUCUGCAAACGGAAAUGUUAGCAUUCAAGGCGCAUCCGCCGCUGUCGCUGCGGCUGAAGUUUCAAGCAGGUCAAACAACAGUGAUGUGAAUGGAAACCAAGUUUUGGGACCAAGCACAGCUGCAAAUGGACAGUCUACAUUAGUGUCAAGACAAGAAAGACAUCAAAGUAACGAGCCUAUCUCACCAACACGUGUCAGCACGCGGUCACGGAGCCAUAUAUGGGACUCGGAUAUCAGUGUUUUAUCAUCCUCGUCUUCUUCUUCAUCCUCAUCAUCUGAUGAUGAUGUGGAUAGAGACUUUGGUAUUGAUCGUGAAGAGGAUGGUGGACAACAGGACAGGGACAGAAACAGUGAUAGGUAUUCCUAUUCUUUUUCAUCUACACCAAUCAAUUCCCCAGAUAGAUCUGUUAGAAGUGGGUCAAGCAGUGGGUCUACCAUUUGCAACGAUGAUCAUGGAAGUCCAUCAGUGCAUAGUGUCAUCAGUUCGUCACAUGGAUCCAACCAAAGUAUGUCGGAAAUAUACACUGAUGAUGAAGGUGAUGGAUCUUAUUGUUCAAGUAGAUCUGCAAAUCCAGCAAGGGUAUCAGACACUCGCCAGCAACCAUCUUAUUCCAGUGACCAACAUACUUUAAUAAACCAAUCCAGCCAGUCUAUAGAUUCCAGCAGUAGCAAAGAUGGUUCCAAUAUGGAUAGAUCAAGAAAUCACAUCACUAAAAACUCUAGAACUAUUCACAAUUCUAGCCUAAACCAGUCUGGUCAUUCUUUAUAUUACCAAAUUAACCAUAACUCUAGCAUGGACCGUUCAACUCAUACUGUAGAAUCUGAACAAGAACACAUCUCCAGUAUUGAGCAUUCAUCUCAUUCGGAAAGUUCUAGAUUGGAAGGACACACUUCCAGAAACAGGUCAGGUGCUAGUGUAGAAUCUAACAGUGAUCAGAACUCAGAUUUCAAGACUAACCCGAUUGCUUCAUUCAGCAGUGGUGUGACCUCUUCGAGGAAUUUGUCCUACUGUAGCUCAGACCAGGAAUACAGACAACAGGAUUUAAGGAAUCAAACCGCCAGUGACCAGAAUGAUGUCAUUGUGGUCAGCGUAGAAAAUGGUUCUUGUCCUAUUCCUGGAUUAAGUGUGAAGAAGCUUAAGCGUAGAGGGAAUGCUACCUCUACUACCUCAGCUUGUGGUGGAAUGUCACCAAGCGUUGAUAGUGAUAGCUGUAUAACAAAUACAACCUCACCUCAUAAAUUGGAUAACACUGUAAAUGACGUUAAGGAGAAAAAGUAUGUUCAAGUCGAUAGUAGCAUAAAUAGCAGCUCAACUGGCAGAUCACCUUGUCCACUUUCCACACAGAGGCCAAUUAGGAAACGUAAACAUGCUAGCAAUAGUUGUUGUUCCAGUAACUCGAGUCAAGAACGUUCACCAUCACCAAAAAAGAGAUUAAUAUACCCAAGUGAGGCUGCUUUCACCAAUAAAACCAAAGGGAGGGGACACCUGGGGGAUAAUGCUAACGUACCAGAAAAUGUAUCGGCUCAAAGCUCUGGUGAAGGGAUGGUUUCUGGUACUUGCCAGCAGCAGGUACAAGUUUCUGGAUUAUCUGUGGAAAACAUGAGGGCUUCUGUCAUAACUUCCUCUCAUGUUGAAGGGGAGACAACUUGUGUGGCAACCAACAAUACCACUAUUUCUAGUAAAGAACUUGUUGCAAACAAACCUGUUUCCUCCUCUUAUUUAACAGAGAAAAAUCCAGUCGUACAACUUUCCAAUAUCAGUGUUCAUGACAUAUCAGGCCAGAGGGAGUGCAUUGCAACUGGGUUUUCUCAAGGAAAUACCCACAUUGAAGUUCCGGUAUCGGAAAAUAUAACGAUGGAAAACAGAAACACAGAUCCCAACCUGGAUGCAACGUUUGACCUACGUGAAUAUAAUUCUGAUACUGAUGACACUUGGGAACCGCUGGACAGUGUUGUUGACAGCAACAGUGACUUGGAUUACCAAGGAAUGCUGACCGAUACAGAUGACACAGACAACACCAAUGGCGCAUGGCAGAACCUCGUCAACGGACAGGAAUCAGUGGCCGCCAAUACUGGUAGCUCACGGUCAGAAAGCGAUGACACUUGGGAGCCGAGAAUUAGCAGAGAUGACAACAGUAAUUCCGAAGGUGAUGAUGAUUCUUAUCUGUCCGAGCUUGACAUUGACACGGACAGUAGCUAUGAAGUGAGAAUUCCUAUGUCUGUUGCCCAGCUCUUAGAUAAAUACGCUUCUGAGGAUCAUGAUUCGGAUGAUAGCUGGACACCCCAUUAAACCAUCGUCGCUGAGUUACAGAAAAUGUUUGAUUCCUGUUUCCGAAUAGUUUUGCAAUUUUGGUGUACCUAUAUACAGCAAAAUUUUGUUUUUGUUAACACUUCUCCAUUCUUUCUUUAAGCUUUGCGACAAAAAGAAGUAUGUGCCUAUAUAUAGCUACUGACCCUUUUCUUUGACAUUAUAGUACACCAGGAAACCAAUUUUUGUUUAGCUUGAUCAUAUCUGAACAUGGUAUCAGCCCAUCAGGGUGUGAAUUCAGUUUCAAAAUGAAUUACGUUUAUAAAGUUCUAUAAAAAACAUUGUAAAGGCUCUUACAGGGCAAGUAGGCCAAACAAUGGAUUUGCCUGUACUGAAAGACUAUCUGUGCCAUUUUUAGUUCACCUGGUUAAAAUAAGUGUAUCAAUCAAUUUAAUAUAAGUUGAAUAAGUUAAUAUAAUGCUGCUAUAUAUAUACCAUUUCUGUUGUCUCCCUGAGGUAGUCUAAACGUAUAGGUUUGAAAUGAAAAUUAUUAGGUGAAACUUCUACAUUUUGUAUAAAUAUCUUAAUUUCUUCAUUCCUGGUACAUUUAGUAUUUUGUGUCAAAAAUCGAUUCUACAGAAUUUGCUCCCUCCCCAGGUUAGUCUAUACAGAAAUGUUAGAAAUUAAAAUCAUAAAUGUAUAUUGGAAAUUUUCGCUGCAGUUUAAUUUUCGCCUUUUUCGCCCUCCGUAAUGAGAGUAAAUUUAUCAUCACAGCGAAUAUUGGUCAACAACAUUAUUUACAUAGUAAUUAGAUGUGAAGGGUGACAAAUUACAUUUUAACACUGGGCGAAAAUGGAUUUUACCAUCGAAGGGUGAAAUUACAUUGUAACACUGGGCGAAAAUGGAUUUUACCAGCGAAGGGUGGACUGGACGAAAUGUUUUCAGUAUACAAAACUAAAAUUAUUUAAUUUCUAAAUACCAGCUACCAGUAGUAUUUGGUGUCAUACAAUGAUGCCAUGGAAGAAUUUCUGAUCCUGACUUGUUCUAUCAGUACAUUUCAUGAUUACAUCGGUAUCUGGGAUAUUGAUUGACUAUAUAUAGCUAUGUCUGUCAGAACUUGCACUCUGACUUUGGCACAGUUGUGCCACAAGGGGUGGGUUGUAGUUCUUGAUGCAGAAUGUGACAUAAAUUGCUUCCCCUUUAUCCAUUGCUAGUAUGUUACACAACUUGACAAAAAUGUACUUAAUCGAUUAUUGCCCUCUGCUGAGAACACUGUGGCCUUGUAAUGUUGCCGAAGGAAGGAACAGUGCUCAAGCCAGAAUCCCAUCAGUUAAGGAUGUAACGAAUGAUUAAAAUUCAUCUGGAAACUUACUUCCACAAGUUUUGUUCAUAUGAAAAUAUGAAAUUAUUGAUAUACGACCUUACAAUAACAUGGGAUUUCUUUCAAAGGAUUUCCAUAUUAAGAAACCUAUUGAAUACAUUUUAUGAAUGGUGAUUUAUUCUGUAUUAACUAAUGACAUGUUUGGAAGGUACACACAAAUAAAUGGGGUUACCAUCUUUGUAAAUUAAGAUUUAGGGAAUUGACUCCUACACAGAUCACUGGUUUAAAAUACAUAUAAACAAUGUAAUAUUAUUAAUUUAAGAUUUUAAGGCCGGUAACAUGUAACAUCUACACAGAUCUUUGGUACAUGUCUAAUGGGUAAGGUAGCAUGAUUCUAUUUAUGUUUAAAUGUUAUUUAUUCAGAUCAAGAGAGACCUGGACCACAUUCAAUUGAGUAAUGCUCAAGCCCAAUUUCUUGGUCCUGUGAUAAAUUAAUAAAAGGUCACAUUUUGUCAAUGAUAUGGAAGAAUUUUG